UCUCUCUCUCUCUACUUGCCCCCACUUUACUCCGUGACCAAAGGCAACUAAUGCCCAAACCUAACCCAGCAUUAUAGCACUAGCUAGCGGUAUCUGUGUCAGAUUAGGUAAGUAGUAGCGAGGUCGGAGAGUCGACAUUCUCGUCUUGUUGGUCCUUCACUUCACUUCUUGCUGGCACCAUUUUUGUGGAAGCAAAGAAUAUGGGGGAAGAAAUGAGUGGGAUCGACACGGAGAGCUACGGAGAGAACGGCCACGACAGGAUCGACUAUGUGUUCAAGGUGGUGGUGAUCGGCGACUCCGCCGUGGGGAAGACCCAGCUGCUCUCCAGGUUCGCCAAGAACGAGUUCCGCUUCGACUCCAAGUCCACCAUCGGCGUCGAGUUCCAGACCCGAACCGUUUCCAUUGCCGGAAAAGUCAUCAAGGCCCAGAUCUGGGACACUGCCGGCCAAGAAAGGUACAGGGCAGUGACGAGCGCAUACUACCGAGGAGCGCUAGGGGCCAUGCUGGUGUACGACAUCACCAAGAGGCAGAGCUUCGAUCAUGUGGCCAAGUGGGUGGAAGAGCUCCGUGCCCACGCGAACCACUCCAUCGUGAUCAUGCUCAUCGGCAACAAGGCCGACCUCGCCGGGGACAUGAGGGCGGUCCCCAUAGAGAACGCGGUGGACUUCGCGCAAGACCAAGGCCUCUUCUUCUCAGAGACCUCCGCGCUCAGCGGCGACAACGUGGACGGCGCCUUCCUGAGGCUGUUGGAGGAGAUCCACGGCGUCAUUGCUAAGAGGAAAGCACUGGAACGUGGCGGUGGGGAUCUGAUUGGGAACAACCUUAAUGGUACGAGCAAUGCCGCCUUGUACACGGGGUCGUCCAAGAAGAUUCAUGUCAUGCCUUCAGGCUCAGGGUGUGCUUUGGAAGAUGUCAGCGACUUGAAGAAGCCGUCCGCCUGCUCCUGCUGAGUUGGGUAUCAAGGACGAGCGGCGAUACUCGAGUGGAGUUCUUCAGGUUCGAGCACGAACCCGAAACCCAUAAAGACAAAGGGUCAAAAAGAGAAAGGGGCAAAAAACACGGGACAAGAGUCAAAAAGGAGGAGCCAACUAAAGAAAACCUUUUGUGUCCCUUCAUGUCUGAUUUUUUAUCCUUGUUAUUCUACGCUUUUUGCUAAUGAAGUGGGGUGGGGUACUAAAUUAGUUGGCGAA